GAAUUUGUUGUUUCAAAUAUUAACGACGAACAUUUGUUUAAAGUGUGAUUACAUUAAUCAUUGGAGAUUUUACGAUCUCCGUCCUGUCGAUUGGUUGCCAAGUUUCACGAAUUUUAAUAUAACAAUCAUUCUCACAAUGAUUUCUCCACAAAAGACACCAUCACUUAAAUUAAUUUCGGAAGAGGUCAAUUCAAAUUCGCCUCACGACUCUAAGAGCUGUGCAAGCUUUUUUUCUAAUGCAUCUAGCUCAAAGGCAUCGGCUCAACUAAUAUACGGUACAAGCGUCAAACCACAUCCAAGUCGUGCCGGUCGUGCAGGUCCUGGACGAACUGCUUCCCUCAUACCUGCCUCAACAGAAGUGCGAAAGCGCGUUCUAUCCGCUAGGCGUCUUCGUGUGAAAACAUUCCAGAAUCAAUUAGCAGAUGCUCAGCAAACAAUAUCGGAUUUAGCACAUGAAAAUCGUAUGUUGCGUACACUGCACAAACGUCAAGAUUCUGCCCUAGCAAAAUAUGAGAGUACUAAUGCAGAACUUCCGCAAUUAUUAUACUCACAUGCUGAGGAGAUCCGAAUGUGGCAGUCAAAGUAUCGAACCUUACAACAAACCUGCAAGGAUCUGGAAAAGAAAAUUAAACAAAAAGAAGCAAUUAUUCUCUCAGUAACUGAUCAAAACAAAUACUUUAAUCAGCUAAAUAAAGACAAGAAUUUGGAAAGCCGACAAAAGCUCACUGAAAAGGUUAAGGAUUUGCAGACCCAAUUGCAGGAAAAGAACAAUGAAAUGAAUCUUUACACCCGUAAGACGCAGCUUGAAAUUAAGAACUUGAAACAGCAAAUACAAAAUGACCAAAAACAGCAACGAGAAACAAUGGUAAUGCUAGACCGUACCCGUUUGGAGUUAUCAGGUUUGCGUAAAUUCGACGUUCUUCCCGAUGAGACUGAUUUAAAGAGACCACAGUUAAAAUCAAAAGAAUUGGAAGAUGACAACAAAUCUGAUAUUUCUGUAAAUUCAAGCCUAGAUUUUAAUACAUUUUUGAACAGUAAUCCUUAUCACCCGUCAAAAAUUCCUAAACAUAUUGCAAAGACAUUACCAUUGAAACUGCUAGCUACCAAAUCUAGUAAGCCCAAAGCAAUUGAAGAUAAAAAGAAUCCUAAAAUACAAAUGCGACAAGGUGGUGGUGGUGGUGUUGGUGGUAAAGAAGCUAAAUCUGAAACUAAGAAUACUCUGGGUAAACAUAUAUAUCAGCAGAUUAAAGAACAGGGAAAGAGUAAAAUCGAUAAUCAGAAGUUAUCUGAAGAAAACAAAAUAGACGAUCAAGCUGAAAUAAAUACCGAUUCACUAGAACAAAUUAAUCCAAACGAUGAUGCCACUUUAAGUGACAAUGAUCCCCUCAAUGGCUAUGCAAGCGACAACGAUAUGAUCUUUCCAAAGUAUAGUGAUGAAUCAUUCAAUAUGUAUGAACACGAUGAAACUGAUGAAAAUGAGAACUCCAUAGAUACCGCAAAGAAAGCUACUAAACUUAAAGAUAACAUAUCAGAUCUACGUAAAAUGAUAUAUAUGCCGGAUAUGAAGAGGGAAAGUUUUCUGGAUGCCUUUUGUGAAAAUUCAUCAAAUCAAAUGGAAAGCGUCAAAACUAAAUCCAACCUCGGUGAAAACCGCAAAAACAAAUUAUUAGCAGCGCUAAAAGCCAUUGACGAUAAGAAAGAUUAGAUACUUAACGGACGUAAAAAAGGGAAAAAUAUUUUUUUAUGUUUUAUAUUUAAUGCUUAAACCUAAUGCCUAAUGUAUAUUUAUAUAUA